AUGCAAGUAAAAAAUUCAACACAACUCUAUUCACAAUUACUUGUUCGUGCAUUGUCUCAUCAAGAUUUACGAAUGCGUUUGACUGCCAUGAUUGCUGUUGCUGAAACGGCAAUUGAUAAUCUUAGUUUUCAAAUGAAAUUAAAUGAAUUUGCUAUAAUACCAAAAUUAUUCGAAAUAAUGAAAACUUCAAUGGCACAUGCUGGUCGUCCACUUGAUGCUAUUAAUGAACAUUCAAAGUUGGUUGCAUGGAGUUGUUAUACAAUUGUUAAUAUUUGUGCCAAUUCUCAAGAAAUAUCAUCAUUAUAUCUUGAAUAUAUUGUCAAAUCAAUUUUAUGCCGUCUCUUAAGCAACUCAUAA